AUGUCUUCGUUGACAGAGAUGCAUUACCCAACCGGCGCAUCCGCGCCGGACUCAUGUUCGCCGCCUGACUCGACGCCUUCCCCAUCGACUUCGAGUGCCACGGCCCACUCCUCCGCGCGCCGCCCUCCACGCAAGAGCACCCUGACCCAGCAGCAAAAGAACAACAAACGUCAACGGGCUACUCAGGAUCAACUUGUCCUCCUGGAGGUCGAAUUCAACAAAAACCCGACUCCCACCGCUGCGACCAGAGAGCGUAUUGCUUCGGACAUUAACAUGACUGAGCGCUCGGUCCAGAUUUGGUUCCAGAAUCGACGUGCCAAAAUCAAGAUGCUGGCCAAGAAAAGCAUCGAAACCGGCGAAGGAUGCGAUUCCAUUCCAGAAUCUAUGCGCCACUAUCUUGCGAUGCAGUUCGACCCCAAUAAGCCUGGGGCGAGAGAUCCCUUUGGCCGUGCUGGUGCAUACGGCCCCCCUAGCAUGUAUGCAAGUGAAACUAACCCGUCCGGGAAAGUUGUGAUCUCUCACUUCACUUGUCGCUCCCUGACUGUGGGUAGCUGGAGACGCAUUGGACAAAAUGCCAUGGAUCUGGUUGUGUUUUAUUCGCCAGACAAGGCCUGCAUGACUUAUUACAUCAACAAUGACGCUGCUGGCUAUAAGAUCGAAUACCCGUUUGCCUACAUCAAAAACAUCACUUUGGAAACCGGGGAUCCCAACCCUGGCCCAAACGGCGCACCACCCCGACCUGGUGGCCUUGUCGUUGAGCUGAACCGCCCACCGCACUUCUACAUGGAUUCCUCGAACUCUGGAGGUUUCUACCAGUGUGGUGAUUUCACCGAAGAACAGCAAGCAAGCCAGAUCAUGGUUCAUCAUCUGGGAGGCCAUCCCAAGGUCUUGAGCGUUCAGCUUGCUAAGCUUGUGUCCUUGGAAUCCUUCCAAAAUCGCCUGGCUUAUAACAACAACAGCAGUAACAGCUUUGCUGUGCCACCCGCAAUGUCUCCGCCGUUCAUCCAGCGACCCGCAUCGCAGCCCAACCAGUUCGCUGCAUCCCCUUACUUGAACUUGUACCAGGACAGCAACCACUUGGGUUUCAAUAUGCCAGCAGCCCGCGGUCACAAGCGUCAACGAAGCCGCUCUGUGCCUGUCGCAGUUGAUAUUUCGACUCUCCAAGGUCCCAUGUCCUCUUUCCAUGUGCCACCGCCACCUCCUCCUCCCUUCAACCACACCGAGGCAGGAAUCUACGCCCCCGUGCCACAGUCCGUUCAUCAGCUCCCCACCGACCUCCGAAUUGAUACGCAGGGAUACGGACUCGAUUUCCGAACAAACCCCAUGUCAGCUACGACAACCGGAUCCCCAUCAGACUUUGCUAGCCCGAUGUUCAGCAACGCAGGACAAGGCGACUCUACCCCCGUCGCCAACAUGCCACCACAGUUCAACUUCGUCUCUGGUGGAUCAACAGAGCCCUCAACCAUGGGCUCACACGCUCCAUCCCCCUAUUCUAGCGUCAGUCCUGCUGAUCCAUUGAUCGCGAACCACUCCCCACCCCUGUCCAACAUGCCGCACGGCUCAUCUGACAUGUACGGCUUCUCGCACGAUCAGCAUUCUGGUUUCGACGACAGUCUUUCAAUGGACAUGUACUCGAAGCAUCAAGUCAGCUUCGUCUCUCACGAAACCCCUACCUUUGAACUACCCAUGCAUGGCCUAUCCCACCCCUCUCCGGGAAUGGGUGACUACAAAGAUUACACUCAUGACAUUACCAACCUGGACGAAAUCAACUCGCAGGGUUUGCCUACUUCAUGA